CAGUACUGCAGAGAAGCCCAACUUGAACACUUUCUUGAGCAAGUAAACACCUGUUCCUGCUCCUUCUCUGCUGCAUCACAUCCAUAAUCUCUUUCUCUCUCUCAUGUCUUAUUCUUAUCACUCACUCGCAACUCACCACUCAUAACUUCCAAACCAAGCUGCAAAAUUGAGCUUUUUUGACUUCCACUUCUGCAUGACCUACCUUCCAAGUUAGAGAGAAAGAGGCAGCCAGAGAUCUAAUGGAUUACGAGAGAAUAGACAAAGUUCAGACUGGAAUAAUUUCUCCCAGUAAACUGAGGAUGAAGCUAUUAGGGCCUCACCAUCAUAGGAAGAAGGAUGGAUCCAACAGUAACUCAUCCAGAACCUCCCCUUCAAGGCUUGAGGAUGCUGAAUUUGUGAAUAGCUUACUUGCCUCAAAAAGUGAUAGCCUUGAUGAUGAAGUUACAUCUCCAAGCUUGGAAGUUCAUGAAUUGAAGCCAUCUGGUGAUGCUGUGCUGAACCGGAGACAGGGUGACCAGACUUCUUAUGAACCAAAGGAGACAAUGGCUAAGGAAAACGGCGACAUGGGACGUGUGAAGGUGCAGCAUUUUCAGAAGGCUGAUACCGGAAGUUCGAGCACAAUUCACGCGCUGAGAACAACAGAAGAUGAAAAUCUUGAUUAUGACAGCAAUGCUAGCUCUUCGAGUUUUGAGUUUGAUAAAGGAGAGAGGCCAGUAAACAAUCCUGCCACUAGAUCCCUAUUCAGACCUAUUCCUUCCAAGUGGAACGAUGCUGAGAAAUGGAUAAUGAAUAGGCAAAAUAUACAAGUUAAUCACUCAAAGAAGAAUCCAGUACAUAACCAAGCAACUCGUGUGCCAACAAGUAUGGUGAGGGUUGCUCCGGAUUCUGGUAAUUAUGAUCCCAAGCUCCUAACAGGCAAGGUGACAGAAACAAAGCGAGUUGAUUUCUGUCAACCCUCUUCACAUAUGGGAUUUGAGAAAUUCUCUUUUGUUCCCUCCGACGCUCAAUCGGUUUCAGGUCAAGCACAUGGAAGAAAUCCAGCAGUGGAGUCUUUUCCUCAAAGCAAAGAUCUAAAGGAAGUCAAUGAAUUGGCUUUAUCUUGCUCUAGAAGUACAGAUGAUCAAUCAGUGAUGCCUGGGAUAAGAUCUGUUGCCAUGAGAGAUAUGGGAACUGAAAUGACCCCUGUGCCAAGUCAAGAACCGUCAAGGACUGCUACUCCUGUUGGGUCUGCAACUCCACUACGGAGCCCAGUUUCUUCUAUGCCUUCGACUCCUAGGAGAGGUGGACCUGCUCCAACACCUUUGGACAACACAACCAAUGAGGACUCCCAGUUUCCAGUUGAAAACGGCAAAAAGCAUUUGUCUGAAGAAGAAAUGAAGAUCAAGACCAGGAAGGAAAUUGCAGCCCUUGGGGUGCAGCUUGGUAAGAUGAACAUUGCUGCAUGGGCAAGCAAAGAUGAGCUGGAAAAGAAAAAAUCUUCUCCCCGGGACACAAAUGAGCAAGAACAGGAGAGAAUUGAAUUUGAAAAACGUGCUGCUCUGUGGGAGGAUGCUGAGAAAUCUAAACAUACUGCAAGAUUUAAGCGCGAGGAAAUCAAAAUUCAAGCAUGGGAAAGUCAGCAAAAGGCAAAAUUAGAAGCAGAAAUGAGAAGAAUUGAGGCCAAAGUUGAGCAAAUGAGAGCCCAGACACAUGCAAAAAUGGUGAAAAAGAUAGCUAUGGCGAGACAAAGAUCAGAAGAGAAACGAGCAGCAGCUGAAGCAAGAAAAAAUCGAGAAGCAGAAAGAACUGCUGCUCAAGCAGAGUACAUCCGCCAAACAGGACGAAUACCCUCCUCCAAUUACAUCUGUUGUGGUUGGCUGUGAUUUAUACAAUUCAUGCAUUAUGCACCUCACUCCAAGAUUUGCUAAUCUUUCUUACCGUGGAUGAUAUGGCUCAUCAAAAUUUGCAUAUCAUCAUCUUAUACGUUACUUCAAACCUUGUAAUUUUCAUGCAUCUGAGUGCAAGUUGCUACAUUAAAGUGAUUGCUGAGUGAUGUUUUACAAGUCACAAAACUGUCUUUUUUCUUCUUUUUCUUAAAGAAAGAAGAAGAAAAACAGAAAUGUUUGCUUUUACCUGGCCAUUUUUAUUUUACUUUAAUGUAAAUUUUGUCGUGAUCUUGCUUUCUCAGUUUAUGCUACUUUUUUAUGCAAUUUCAAAUCAAACAUAUACAGCAAAGAAUGUUUAAUGGA